AUGAACCUCCUGACAUGGAUCAAAAUCCAGAAUCACCUAAGAAAACAAAAAAAAAGGAUAAGAAAUCCAGCGGCUUGGAGGAAAAAUCAACGUGCUCAGCUGAAGAAUUCAGGUCAGGAGUAUAUUUCUCGGACGGGCAAGAUCAUUCCUGCUAAAGAGAUUAAGCCCCCGUGCUCUAACAAGUGCAAACAUAAAUGUUCAGAACACAUUUCAGAGGAGCAAAGAUAUGAUAUUUUCAAAAUGUAUUGGGAUUUAUCCUCUCUCCAAAGACGGCGCGAUUUUUUGAAUUCGAUAAUAACUGUGCUACAACUGGCACAACGUCGUUUGAAAACUGGUGUAGAAAAGAACAGAAAACCUAAUACUUAUUAUUCCUUGAUGUCUAAUGGUAAGAGUUUCAGGGUAUGCAAAUUAUUUUUGUUGAAUACAUUGGGGAUUUCCGAACGUACUUUACGUACCGUAAUCGAGGCCAAGACAAAUAAUGAAUCUAAAGGCGUAGCACCAAUUGACAAACGCGGCUGCCAUAAAAACCAUAGCAAAACUAGUUCUGAGGUACAAGAGUCUGUUCGGAUUCAUAUAAAUUCAAUUAGUAGAAUUGAAAGCCACUAUCUCCGUGCUAACACCACUAGAGAAUAUAUUGAUGGUGGCCUAACAAUAGCUGAUCUGCAUCGCGAUUAUAAGAGAUUAAGAGAAUCCGAAAACAAAGAGGCUGCAACUUACGAUUCAUACUUUCGCAUAUUUAAUACGGAAUUCAAUAUUUCUUUUUUUGUGCCAAAAAAAGACCAAUGCGAUGUCUGUGAACAAUAUAAAAAUGCUAUUGGUGAGGAGAAAGAAAAACUAGAGGCUGACUACACAUAA